UUGAAAAAUAAAGAUACAUAACCAACAUCACUUAGACUAGAUUUGUCUAAAUCUACUUGUAGUUGUAGAUCUACAUCUUUUGUUUGAUGGAUCUGUAGAGAUCUAGCUUCAGAGGUUUCUUGGAUCUUUGUUGAAUGCAUAAAUCUAAAGUCUAUUAUUUUAAAUGGAAACAAAAGUUCAUAACGAACUCUCUGCAUUUUUAGCUUGCCAUUCUUUAGAAGAUUCUAUAAGAAAUAUAGAUGAAAUAGUUCUGACCUACUUUGUUGGGGUAGUCGAGCUAGUUAUUCAAGGAGAUGAAGGCCUUGAUCUUGAUGAUGUUAUGGACAUGAUGAAUGCUUAUUUGCCUGGUUUUGAUUUAAUUGGGAGAGAAAAAGUAAUUGAUUGGAUGUUUGGACUUGCUGGUCGACUUUUAACAUCAGAAAAAGAGAAAUCUGAAUCUAAAGAAGAUGCUUAUGCUGAAAAAACUAUGCUCCCUGUAGAGGAUACCAGGACCAACUGCAUUGCUUCUGUUGGCAAAGAAACAGAGACAGAUGGAGAAAAGAAGUUUCCAAGUUAUGAGUACUCCAAAGACUCAAAGUGCAUAGAUCUAAAUAUGGGUGUUUUUAAAUCUAGUUUGGGUUGCUCAUCACCUCCACAUAAUAUUAAUACAAGUAUACACAGUAAGAACUUAGAAGACGGUGUCAACUGCUGUGAGCCCAACACUCAGUCAGGGACUUUAGUGUCAUCACCACUUUCUAUAUCUUUGUUUCUGCCUCUGUCAUCCUCACCCACUGAAAAGUUGUCUCACUCUAAGAGGAAAGGUAGACAACUGAGCUGCUCUUCACAAGAAAGCACAGAUGAAAAGCCUGAACAGUUGAGUACUGAAGAAGAGUCUUGUGUACAAACUCUUCUAGAGAUGUUUCCUGGAGCCUGUACUAUGGAAGCCAGACACUGUUUAAAACUUUCUGCUGGAGAUAUGGACAGAGCAGCUCAACUUAUUAUGGACAGGCAAGAAACUGGACAGGCUAUCACUGACAGAAAGGCUCCAACUUCAAGGAGCCAUAAAUUCAAGAAAGUGAUUGACUAUAAACUGGAUGAUGACAGCAUUAAAUCUGGUGUUUUAAAGAAAUAUUCUUUUGUUGAUACAGAAGAAGAUAAAAAGACAUUCAGACCACAGCCUCCAAAAGGGGAAGCCAAAAAGUUGGUUCGUUACAGAGAUGGUCAGGUAGUAAGUAUGAAAGGAGAAAAAUUUUCUGAAAUUUCCAAAAAGGAAUCUGAUGAGGUCAAAUCUACAUAUGUUAAUUUGAAACCUGCUAGGAAAUAUAGAUUUCAUUGAGUCAAAUAUAGAUUUCAUUGAGUCAAGUAUAGAUUUAAUUGAUUCAUGAAACCAUUUGUAAAUGGUGUGUGAAGAAGAAAGGAUAGGACCAUUAGACAUGACAUGACUGGAUGGACUAUGUACCAAUAUUAUAAAGUAUUCAGGUAUAUGUUAGCCAAUUAUUAUGUAUCAUUUUUUGGGGGGAAAGAUAUUGAUUUUAAAUCUGUUAAAUACUAGAUUACAUUUUUAAAAAUUCUUUUAUUGGUUCUUGUUGUGAAGUAUUAAGAAAUCUAGGUUAUUUUUUUUUUAAUGUCAUUAUGUUAAUAAACAUUUGCUCUGUUGAUUUAAUAAUGUCAUGUCAUACAGCUCUUGUAUUUGCUUGGUAAUCUCAUUUAAAAAGAGAGAUGGACAUUGUCAGUGUAUCAGUGUAAUAAUAAAUCACCUUCAACUAUCCCUUAAAACAAUUUCAAUGUGUACAAAUUAGUCUAGUGAUCCUAAAAUAAAAAAAUAAAAAAUAAAAUAAAAUCUUAAAAAUCAAAUAGAAAAAAAAUUAAUUGAAGGGGAGAUUACACAUUAUGAGGAAUGAAGAUCACAAAAUUUAUUUUUCUCCAGAUUCUGCUGCUUACAGUUGCUUUAUUUAGUGAUUAAUUAUACAAAUAUUGAAAACUAUUUUUUUUUAUAUGAACUAUCUUGUGCUUAAGAUGUCGCCUCUUGUUGUGAAAUAUAAAACAAAUAUUUUUAAUACAAAUGAAAUAUUCAGCCUAAAAAAAAAACUUAAAAUAAUGCUGAUCAGUAAUCACUUAAGAACUAUGAUAUGAAUAUUGAUACUACUUUAUUCUAAACUAAUAAUAUCAAUCGUUCCAUUGUGGAGAAAAAAAAACUUGGACAUGCUUUGUGCAUUAGUUUAUUUCUAGCUAGAAGUUUGUUUGCAUAACUUCUUUAAUAUUUCAUAAGCUAUUAUAACAUACCUAUUUCUUUUGUGUUUAUAUUUCCAAUAUAAGGUCUAUUCACUGCCAAUGUGCCAUAAACCAGUAAGUUUCUUGUUUCUGACAAACAUGGAAACUCAUUUUGUAAUAAAUUUCAUAUUUUAAAAAGUUUUGCUUUUGUAAAUUUCAGUAAAUCAUUCAGUGAUUAUUAAAGUUUAAUAAACAUAUAGAAGUAUUUGAUUAGUAUUAUGCAAAUAGAAUAACUAAUAGCAGACAAAAAAACAAAACAAUCCCAAACAUUCCAAAAUGUCCAUGUUUUAAUGUUCAGGCCUUGGAAACUAGCUGGUUUUAUCUACUUUUGAAAUAUAAUUUUUUAACCUCUUUAAAAUACAUUAAGAGAAGGAAGGCUAUUUCUGUAGCUGUUCUAUUAUUUAUAUUUCAAAUUCUCAGUAUUUACUUCUGGCAUUUAAAACAAGCAAUGUUCUCUUGAAGGGAACUAUUACAAAGCAUAAAGUUCUAUCUUAGAGGUGCAAUGAUUAACAUAUGUUCUACUUUACUGAACUUCAGAUCUGCCUGAAACCUUUCUUCCAUUGUUGAAACAAAAUCAAUAUAUAUGAAUGAUUUAUCAUCAUAAAUAUAUGCAUUCACCUAGCAUUCAAAGAUCAUACACAGAGUACAUUUUUUGUUGUUCACAACCAAAUUAUAAUUAUUGUGAAUAGCUUGUCCUAAAAUAUUUUUCUUUUAAAAAUUUAUUUAACAUUCUGGUUUUUUUUUGGGUUUUUUUACCAUUUUUAGAACAUUGAGAAACCUUUGUCAGUUUAAAAUUUGUUCUUUUUCAUGGUCACCAGUUCAUGUGAAGUCAUAGACUUUAUAUUGGUAUCAUUGUCUUAAAAAAAUAAUUCUACAUACAUUUAUCAGUAGCAGCCUGAUUUCCAGAGCUCCCAUUUAAACUCAUGUGUUAAGCUUUAGUUUUAAUAGUCAUAAAAAGGGCUAUUUUUUUUAAAUUGACAGUUCUGUUCAGUAAAUGAAUGCAACUGAUCCAAUACUAUAGAAAUAACUAGUUCUGCUAUGACCUAGUCAUGAGCUGUGUAAUACAAAAUGUAAAGUGGACAUUUAUUUAUUUGGAAGUGUUAAGCUUACUGUACCUCAUAACCAUCAGUUCAAAUACAUGACCUUCAGCACCUUACAUUACUUCCGUGUUCUCAAAUUUUUACCUGUGCCACCACAAACGAAAAAAAAAAUUAAUUUGUUCGCCAUUUCAAACAAUAUUUCAGGUGGAAUGAAUGAUUUUUGAAGUGUUAAAGCUUUUUUUUUUUUCAUGUGAAAGUCGUUGACAUAAUGAUGUACGACAAUCAAAAGAAAUUUGACUUUCUGACAGAUAGCUGAAAAGAAUAUCAUUUAAAUGUCUUUUUCAAAAGGUUUUGAGUCGAUAUGCCUUACUUUAGAAAAUGCAACGUCUCUUGCUUACAAUUUUUUUCAUACAUUGUCAUUUAACUUGAUUAAUAUUCAAACAAAUUUUUUUUUUCAAUAGUAAUACAAAAUUUUUAUUCUUAAAAAUAAAUUGAUUGGCUCUGCAUUCUCUCUCCCCCUUCCCCCUCCUUUCCCUUUAGUCAAACUGUCAGGGAUGCCCCUGUGAGCUUGAGAAAUGCUGCAUUGAUUUAUCCCAUUUUAUUCUUGCUAUCAUUCUCAUAACAUCACAACUAUUUUUGGAAUAAUUUUUUUUAAUAAAAACAUUUCAGCAAUGCCAAAACACUAACUUGUUUGCUGUUACACCAAAAAUAUAAUAAUACUGGUACUUUAUACAACUCUUCUUUAUGUAGCGGCCCCUGAAAGGACAAUAGCCGCUUUUUUUUUAUAAGCAAGUGCUUUAAACAAGUAGAUAACUUGUUCUGAUAUACACCUGUCCUUAUAUGGUAUGAAGAAUAAAUUAUGAAUCAGAAAUGUAACUCAUGAAAUAUAAACACUCUUUUUGUUUAUUUGAAUAGCUUCCAUUAUUAUUUCUCUGUCCUGUUGACUCAAUGUUGGCAGCAAAAAAAAAAGUUCAGCUCAAACCUGAAAUUGUUGUUAGUACUGCAUUGUCCAGUUGUUAGUACUGCAUUGUCCAGUUCAUUUGAAAAUGUUGCUUUUAUCAUUCAAAACUAGAUCUGAUAUUUCCAUUAUUUUGUUUCAAAUGUUGCUUUUAAUUGGUUGCUUGUCUGUUUGGAGUUAAAAAACAACAUUAUAAAUUGUUUUCAAUAAAUAUAAAUCAACAUGCUUGACUUUAAAAGUUCAAACUAUGAAGAAUUCACAGUUGUUAGUUCUACCUCAACUUCUUGUAAGAAUACAUGAAUUAUAUGUUUUUAUUGGUUUAGUAUUUAAAGAUUUUAUUUUUGGACAUCCUAUGUUUUGGUUUCUAAAAACAUCUUGCAUUGUCCUAUCUUUUAAUUUCUCAGAAGGUUAUGAUCUUUUACUAUCUUUUUUGGCUUUUAAAAAUAUUUCAUUUUGAUUCGCAUAAAAAAAAUAGCACCACGGUUUAGUUUUUACAUUAUAAUGUCUAUAUUUGUGUUGGGUUUUAUUGAAAUGUAUUUAUUUUUUUUGUAUUAUUUUGUUUUGCUGGUCUUGCAUUUAUAAAAGCUUUUUUGUUUUUUAAAUAUUGACUUGUGAAAUGAAAAUCAAAUAUUCUUAAUGUUUCAGAAUAGUCUCAUUGUCUUGCCUCCAUAGUUUUGUUGAUGAAUAAAAAUGUAUAAUUAUUAAAUACACCACUGGUAGAAAAGCA